AACUGCAGGACGGCGCGCCAUCCAGCGGCGUGCGUCAGCAUCGCUCGCAUGGUGGUGGGUAGUUUUCUCCCCUGCUGAUCAGGGUGGUGGUAGGUUUUUGUGUAUUGUGCGCUCCUUGGUUCUCGGGCAGUUUUCGUGCAAAGUGAAUGCGACCGUCGCAGGAUCGUCUUUUUAUGCGCUGGUGAACGGCGGAGAGGCAAGUCUGCUUGCACAAGCUCGUGUGGAGGCGCGCAGGCGCCGGAAGGUUUGCUGUUGGGUGUGAAAAAGACCGAGGCGCCGCGACGACUCCUCGACCGAGAGGAGUGGUGGUAAAGACCUUCGUUGGGGUGCUGCUGCAACAAUGACGGAAUACAAACUAGUGGUUGUCGGCGCUGGAGGCGUCGGCAAGAGUGCCUUGACAAUACAACUCAUACAAAAUCACUUUGUGGACGAAUAUGACCCAACAAUAGAGGACUCCUACCGGAAGCAAGUUGUCAUAGAUGGCGAGACGUGCUUGCUGGACAUCCUCGACACGGCGGGUCAAGAGGAGUACAGUGCCAUGCGUGAUCAGUACAUGCGGACGGGGGAAGGUUUCCUGCUAGUGUUUGCGGUGAACAACAACAAAUCCUUCGAGGACAUCAGCAUGUACAGGGAGCAGAUAAAGAGGGUUAAAGAUGCUGACGACGUUCCCAUGGUUUUGGUGGGCAACAAGUGCGACCUGCCGACGCGUGCCGUGGACAUGAAGCAGGCCAGCGAGGUGGCCCGCAACUACGGCAUCCCCUUCAUCGAGACGAGUGCCAAGACGCGCAUGGGCGUGGACGACGCCUUCUACACCCUCGUGCGCGAGAUACGCAAGGACCGGGAGUGGAAGGGCAAGGACAAGAAGAGGCACCGCAAGGAAGGGCGCAAGAAACGCUGCUUCAUCUUAUAGAAUGGGAGGGCUCGUAGCUAGAUGGGACAUCGUCAAAUUUCCACGUCGUCGUCGUCGCCGCGCCAUACACGAAGGACUUCAACGCCGCCGCCGAGAUUGGAGCGUGUGCCGGUUGUGUCGUCGUUUGUAUCCCGGGUCCGUUCCGACUCGAGACCUGCUCCGGCCAGUCGGAGAAGUGGGGCAAUCAUCGGCGGCACUCGCCGCUCUCUCCUUUGCUAUUCUGUCUGCCCCACACUUUGUUACUUUCCUCGCUCUACCCAUUUCCGGCGGAGGAGCUCGCGCGCACAGCGUCGCCCGUCCAUCGCCGGAUUCCUGCCUCCGCCGCGUCCGGUGUUUCCCAUCGAGGCACUGGUUGUUUGUGCGUGCCCCUCGACUCUUUUUCGCCCUUUUCGUCUUCUCCAGUCGCUUUGGGGAGGACGCCCCUCGUAUAUUUAGCUGCGACACGCCGCGUCUGCUCCCAAUCCCCUCCCGAAACGUGCCGUCGAGUUUUUGGACGUCUUUUUUAUGCGCCGCGCGCACGCAGACAUAUAUUAGGACCGCGUUUUGCCGCGGAGCUGCGAGGAAAAAAGGGGCGGCAUUUUGUGAGGAAGGGUGGCGCCCUGCGGUUGUGCUUAGCGUGGGGGAGUCGCAACAACGAACUGCGGGCAGAACGAAGUCUCGCCGCGGUUCCGAGCUUUUGGCGUCGGUCUGUUUGCCCCCCCCGGCGACGAGGCGCAGGCGUUUCGUUCCCCUUUUAGCGUCUCUGCCACGGCCGGUGCCUUUACGCCCGCUCCCCUUUUUUAGCCGCCGCCACUUCCCCGAGCGUAGGCUUCGGCUCGAUUUAACGACUUUUUAACGAGCUCUCUUUACGGGGCCGCCGCGGUUUUUAAGCUUUGGAUCGAGUAGUUUUCAGUUUACGUUUUGGAAACUGGGUCCUUGAUGUUUUUUUUCGUUUCGUACGUCUUUCUUUGGUUCCGGAGGUCCGCGCUUUAACCCUAGUUUACCCUGUUUUGCCUGCAACAGGCUGCCCAAUGUUACACAGUUUCACCUUGUCUACCUCCUCAUUUUUCUCGCCCCUCCCCACGAGACGACUUAGGAAGGACGACAACGCUUCGUACCGUGCCAUUUCCGACCGCCACAAUGUCGCAUAGGGGUCGACGGUUUGAGCGGGUCGGUUUUACCGGACGGCGGGGCCGCCACCCGCCAAGCCCCGCGCCUUGCGAGCGAGACUUGCAUUUGUUGUUGCGAGCACAGGCCGGCCUCCAGCCCCGCGUUUUUAAUACCGGGGCCGGUCUUUGGAUUAUGCAAUUUGCAUCGUUGCGUUUCUGGGUGUCCCCGCGUUUCGGAACAUCUUUCCGUGGCUGCGCCGCGACGUUUGAAGGAGCGUUGCGCUGUGCCUGUUUGAGAAGCGCGGUGCGUUGUCUUCUCUUUUUUUUUUGUGACCCUCUUCAUCUCUCUUCUUGGUGUUUUGGUCUUUUUUGGUGUGUGCGUGAAUCCCAUAAGAUAAACCUUUCCCUCUUUUUUUUUUUUUUUGGUAACGUUGAUUGCGAGGCGAUUUCACAAGAUAGUUGUCCCUAACAUUUUUUUUGUGAGUGUUUCGUGUUUUACCUAAUCUAAGAAAUCACAGUUCAAGUUUCAGAUCUAUACAUGAUUUUGCUAAUAAAGGGCGGGAAAAAGUUUCUAA